AAAGAUAUUCAUAAAAGUUUUAAUAGAAAACUAAAAAUCAUUGCUAUUCAUAAGUUCAAUUUUAAAUAUUUUAAUUUAAAUCAUUUUUUUAAUUUUUUAUGAGAGCAACUUAAGAUAAAUACGAACACGUCAGAAGUGAAUAAGCUUAAGCUCCAAUUAAUGAAAUCAGAGUGUCAGCCAAACGUCUUGAUGGCUCAUACAUCAAAAGAGCUAUUGAAUUGUUGCUCGGCACUGAAGAAAUCCCAAAAUAAGAAUUUGUUGUGAUUAAAGGAAUUGAAAAUGCCAUUCCUAAAGUAUUGGUGAUCAGUGAAAUCGUUAGAAGAAGAGUUGCUGGAUUAGCUCAAAUUAAUUAAAUUGGUGCAACUUAAAUUGUGGACAAAUAUGUACCAACCGAAGAAGGAUUAGUUGAAGUUAAUAUCACUAAAUAAUUGUCUAUUUUAACCGUUAAAUUGACAACAAAACCCACAGAAGAAGAUAAAAAGUCUGUUGGAUUCUAAGAACCUCUCCCUGAAUCUGAAGUUGUUCCAUAAAGAUAAAGAUAAUAAGGAGAAAAAAGAGAGAGAAAUACAAGAUAAAACAGAGGAGCUCCAAGAGAUGAUAAUAGAGAUAACAGAGAUAGAAGAGACAAUAGAGAUAAUAGAGAUAAUAGAGAUAGAAGAGACAAUAGAGAUAACAGAGACAAUAGAGACAACAGAGAUAACAGAGACAACAGAGACAGAAGAGAUAACAGAGACAAUAGAGAACAUAGAGAUAAUAGAGAACAUAGAGAUAACAGAGAACAUAGAGAUAACAGAGAACAAAGAGAUAAUAGAGAACAAAGAGAUAACAGAGAACAAAGAGAUAACAGAGAACAUAGAGACAAUAGAGAUAAUAGAGACAAUAGAGACAGAAGAGAUAAUAGAGAUAAUAGAGACAAUAGACCAAACAAUACAAGAAAUACCAAUACAAGAGAAUAAGAAAAGAAAUAAUGAGACCUGUAUGAUCUGUUUAAGUAAUACAAUAUAAAUUAAACAAAAUAUUUUUUAAUA